AUGGACGAUGCCGGGCGACCUUCCAGACGCAGCGCCGCCAAGAAACCCCAAACUGCUGCGAAGAAACGAAAGAGUCCGGACGAGACCGACCACGUCAAGAUAACUGACAAAAAAGCCAAACUCGAACAGGACGAGCUUCUUCGACAACAAGCUGCCGCCGCUGCUGCUGCUACUGAAGGCGACUCUAGUCAGGAAUCCGUCAAGCACUCUGACUCUGACGUGAAGUCGGAUGACAAGCUAGACGCAGGUAAACAAGACGGGGGGAAACAAGACGGGGGGAAACAAGACGGAGGGAAACAAGAAGGGGGGAAACAAGAUGGGGCGAAACAAGAUGGAGGGAAACAAGAUGGAGGGAAGACCGCAGAGGCAAAGACCGAUGUAAAGACGGAGCGCAGACCCACCCGGAAACCCGCAACUGAACGCGCUGGCGGCCGGGGAACUGUACGGGCCGCCGCCGUAGUCACACCCGCUCCUAUCCUCCGACCCCCGAAAGGCAUGGAGAUGGACUUUGGCUUGCAUACGGGGCACCUGGAAUCACCUUUGAUGACGUUUGAAUCCACGGUACGGGCCUUGAUAAAGACUUUGAAGCACGGCUCGGAGAUUGCGCUGCCAACCCAGAAUAUGAGCAGCUGUGCCGACUGCCGUGGCGGUGGAGACCUCCUGUGCUGUGACUGUUGCCAGUUCUCCUUCCAUGUCGACUGUCUGGAGCCGCUCGAGCGAGGGUCGUUUCUUCAGGCGCCUCUCAGAAAACAGGGACUCAAAGACACCGACGGCCGAGAUGGCGGUCGAGAAAACGGUCGCGGAAGGGAGUCCAGGACGGAUGUUGCCGAUUUUCUGCUAACGGAUAGCGAAUGGUAUUGCCCAUAUUGUCUGUCUGUACCGGUGCAGCGCUACUGGAAACGCGGGGUGCCGCAGUUUAUGAAGUCGUUUACGGGCUUUCCCGACGAGGUUACGGAGGGUUACCACUCGGAAAGUCACCGCGGCGGCGUCCUGGGCCGCUGGUGUGACGACGUACAAGAGUUUAUGUCGAGCCUCGGUCCGGAUGACGUUGAGAUUUUCCCACCGCACAUUCUCUUGGCUAUGACCGGGAUUCGCAGGGCGAUCCAACGUCUAGGUCCAACCUUCCAGGUCGAGACCAAGGCUGAAGUGGAGAAGUUGCAAAAGGAAGAACAAGAAGCAGCGACGGAAGACGAGGACAUGGCAGAACCAGACGUGAAGGACGAAACCGGAGCGCGCAAAGCCAGCAUCAUGAAAGGCAAAGACCGUAAUAUCCCGUCCGAUGAAGUCUUGUCGGAGACGGAAGUAAGGAAACCCAAACCAGCCGAACGUUCUCGACGCGGAAGAGCUAAGACCAUAGUUCCCACUCCCGAUGAGCCUGAGCAGCUGGAGACUGCUAGAAUGAAUAUCGGCGCAAAUUUCCAGGUUCCCGGCAUCCAUAAGUUCCUCUCGGAAGCCCUCGACUUCGGCUGCAAUUACGCCGCCCUCGACCACCACUCCGUAUAUGCGUACCUGCCACGCGACAGCCGAAGCUUCAUACCCGUAACCAGAUGCUCAGCCAAGAACACCUGCAGACUCGUCUACUCCGUAUCAGAACUGCAGAAAAAGCAAGCAGAAAUACUACAACUCACCGAGGGCGAUAAUGACCCCGCCAGACUCAAUUGUACUAUUCCCCUAGCGGACGACGAACUCAAUUUGUACUGCCAUCAAGCACUAACCAUGUGGCCGGCCUGGAUACAAUGGCCUUCGUCUCCGGAAUAUGCCCUCAAAAUCCUGCAUCAUUGUCGUUACGAUGCCAGAGAGGCUCUGAGGCUGCUCUGCACUGACGGCAUGCAAUUCAAGCCAAUCUGCGACCCGCCCGUACGCCCGUAUAUGAAUAAAUGGAAACCUCGAGAUAAGCGAGGCAUGAUUUCAGCUAUUCCCUUCCCGAUGCCGUCUACCGCGUUAUCAUUUGCCGGGCUCAAGGAUGUUGAUGAUCGUAGCUGA